AUGAGGCCUCUGCCGAGCCGCAGGAGGAAGACCCGAGGCAUCUCGCUGGGACUCUUCGCCCUCUGCCUGGCCGCAGCCGGCUGUCUGCAGAGUCAGGGCGUGUCGCUGUACAUCCCCCAGUCCACCAUCAAUGCCACUGUGGAACAAGACAUCCUGUUUUCGGUUGAGUACUCCUGUCACGGCGUGCCCACCAUCGAAUGGACGUAUACAUCCAACUGGGGCAUGCAGAAGAUCGUGGAGUGGAAGCCAGGGAUGCAGGCCAACAUUUCCCAAAGCCACCAGGACAGAGUCUGCACCUUCGACAACGGCUCCAUCCAGCUCUUCAGCGUAGGUGUGAGGGACUCUGGCUACUAUGUCGUCACCGUGACCGAGCACCUGGGGAGCAGCCAGUUUGGCACCAUCAUGCUACAUGUCUCUGAGAUCCUCUACGAAGACCUGCACCUUGUCGCUGUCUUUCUUGCUUUUCUCACUGCCGUGGCCGCAGUAUUAAUCAGCUUAUUGUGGGUUUGUAAUAAGUGUGCGUAUAAGUUCCAGAGGAAGAGAAGACACAAACUCAAAGAAAGCACCACUGAGGAGAUUGAGCUGCAAGAUGUUGAGUGUUAGCCAAGGCUGGGCCCAACUGCAUUCCUACCUCAAGAGGAAACCAUUCUCCAACCAAAGGAGCAAGUGCAGCUAUUACAGCCCUGUGUUGGCCUCCUGUGGUCUUGCCACAGCCGUCUGCUGCCGAAGGGACAGCUGACAUUAACAAAAUCAACUGCAUGAAGUUGAAGACUGCGGGUGGGACAAAGUCGG